AGCAGCAAAUCACUUCCUGGAGAGAGAGAGAGAGAGAGAGAGAGAGAGAGAGAGAGAGAGAGAGAGAGAGAGAAGUUAAAGUGAAGGCAAACUUUACAGCAGGGAUUGUGACGCAGUGGUGCAGAUCAAGCUUUUUUGAAUUGAAGUGAAGUGAAGAGAGAGAGAGAGAGAGAGAGAGAGAGAGAUGGGGAGCGCGCGGGACAGCGCACAGCGUGCACACCGAGUGAGGCGAAGUGAAGCGCGUGCUGCCGUUCUUCUUUCCUUCUUUUGAUUUUUUUUCUCUCUUUCAUUUUUUUCUCUUUUCACACAAAGUUCGGUCUCGGGCUCGAGCCGCAGUGACGCAAUCCCCGUUCCAGCGCGCGCCGUUUCUGGCUUCUCCGCCUGUGACGCACGAUGGGUGCCAUGUUUCAUUUCCUACUUCACUGAUUUAUAUGAGCCGCUGUGUGUUUGUGUGAAUGCGGGCCGCCAUGUCGCAGUUGCUGCACAUGGAGAUCCCCAACUUCGGCAGUGCGGUGCUAGUGUCGCUGAACGAGCAGCGCCUGCAGGGUCUGUACUGUGACGUGUCCAUCGUGGUGAAGGGGCAGGCCUUCAGGGCGCACCGCGCCGUCCUGGCCGCCAGCAGUCUCUACUUUCGUGACCUGUUCAAUGGCAGCACCAAGUCCGAAUUCGAGCUGCCUUCUUCCGUCACGCCAGCCUGCUUCCAGCAAAUUCUGUCCUUCUGCUACACGGGGAAGCUGACGAUGGCAGCCAGCGAGCAGCUGGUGGUCAUGUACACGGCCGGGUAUCUGCAGAUCCAGCACAUCGUUGAAAGAGGCAUGGAGCUCAUGUUCAAGGCUAAUUCGCCUCACUGUGACUCGGCCACUGCUGCCACAGACGAGACCGGCUCGGAGCCUCAGAGCCCAAACAACAACAACAGCGCAAACAACACCGCAGCAGUGGCGGUAGCAGCGGCGGCCAUGUUGGCUCCUCCAAGCUGGUCACCUUCGGUCCGCAAGGUGAAGACGGAAGGCAGCGAGAUGCCGCUAAGCCUCCUGGGAGGAGCCAAGAGGAGUUCUGGGGUGAGAGGAAACUCAUUCUUCUACCCCGGGGUGCCGGGAAUGUACCCCGUCAUGCCUGGAGAACGUUCCAGCCCCGGAGCGUCCAGCCUGCCCACCACAGACAGCCCCACGUCUUAUCAGAACGAGGACGAAGAGUUUGACGAGGAGAACUACGACGGCAUCAGCGAGGACGCAUUCGCACAGAUGUACAGCCGCACCACAAAUCCUUACGCAAUGACAGAUAAACCCGAGCUGGUUCCUGUGCCUCUGGAAAGUCGUCCUUGUGUCCUGCUACGCCGUGAUCUGGUGGCUCUGCCCGCUAGCCUUAUUAGUCAGAUCGGCUACCGCUGUCACCCCAAACUCUACACGGAAGGUGACCCUGGCGAAAAACUCGAGCUAGUUGCAGGUACAGGAGUGUUCAUGACCAGAGGACAGCUGAUGAACUGCCACUUGUGUGCCGGCAUUAAACACAAGGUCUUGUUGAGGCGACUGCUCGCUACUUUCUUUGACAGAAACACUCUGGCGAACAGCUGUGGGACUGGAAUCCGUUCCUCGACCAGCGACCCGAGCAGAAAGCCCCUGGAUAGUCGAGUUCUAAACGCUGUGAAACUCUACUGUCAAAAAUUUGCUCCCAACUUCAAAGAGAGUGAGAUGAACGUGAUCGCUGCCGACAUGUGCACCAACGCACGUCGUGUCCGGAAACGAUGGCUGCCCAAGAUCAAGUCCAUGCUGCCUGAAGGCAUCGACAUGUACCGUGGCUCAGGGGCGGGGCUUAAUCUGAGCGUUCCAUUGACCUUUGAUCCAGACUUCAAGCAGCUGCCACUGUUCGUUGAGCGUAAGGAUGCUGUAAGAACUCAGCAGCCACUGGAUAGUGAGAGUGCAGAGCUCAUGGAGGGCCAGGUGGAGGAGGAAGAGGAGGAUGAAGGAGCCAUGGUCGAGGGAGUGGAAGAUACUUUAGGGGCCAGUUCUCUUCUUCUUGGGGUCGAUGGCAGAGUUCAGGGUUGUCCGGCGCAUGACGGACAGGAGGAGCAGGAGUUUGCGGAAGGGCUGAGGAUAAACGGGCAGUGAAAAUCCACUGGGGUUUUAACAGAAGGAUCCAGGCUGUGUAUCAGUACUGAUUUUAUUGCAUCCUUAACAAUUACCCCUGGACUGAAUGUAGUGUUUGGAUACUUUAUCAGCCUGAGUGAUGUUUGUACGAUGACCUCGUGAAUCUGAUUGGCUUUUUAUCAACGAGAAAAAGAAUGAAUGAAAUGAGACUGACAGUCACAGAGGCCACGCCUCCUUAUCCAGGCCUGACACCGGACACGCCUCUUUUACCGAGACUGACAGACAAAGAGGCCACGCAUCUUUUUCUGAGACUGACAAUCACAAUAAAAGACGCGUUGCCUCAGACUUUUCUUUUGAUCUCGAGGUCCAGUUUUGUGGAACCUGCCCUUCAGAACACACUACAGCUGUGAGGUUUUCAGUCAAUGCGGUUCUGAAACACGCUACGCUAACAGGUGCAGCAGGGCAUGCUGGGUAGGGCGGGCUUAUACGACAAACACAGGCAUUGCUUAUGUAAGUAGGAAAGAAAGAUUUUGCACUCUCGCUGAAUUGAAGCACUUCUAUUAACACCGAUUUUUGCAGUGGACAUCGUUAAGCUCUGACGAGGCCACGCGAGACCUGAAAGUGCCUCAGUGACCUUCCUCUGGAGACAUUUCUUUUUGCUAUACACUGAAUGUUCUGUAUUUUCCAGGAAAACUAAACCUCCCACCAAAACGAAAGCGAUACAUUACUCCAUCGUCCGUUGGGAAAACACUGUGCACUUGAACGAAAGCUCCGACUCUUUCAGGAUCCAAGAUACAAAAAUAAGGUUUUAAAGGGAUUCUCUGGUGUCUUUUAGUCUGAUCUCCAUCCACUGCAUCAGAGGCUUCUUCUCUGUUCAUGAAUUUAUACACAAUUCCUUAAAUCACACUUAUUAUAGAGGUCUAAGGAGAAUUAUAUUGAGUUUCACUUUCCAACCUUGGAGCAGUUCUCUAAAAUUAGUUCCGUUUACUUUAAAAGUUCCAGGUUUUCUGGUAUCCCUACACCGUCAGAGAAAGUAGUUCCAUGCUGGAAAGGAUGAAUUACACAGAGACCAAACGGGAAUAAAAUUCAACCCGACAAGAUGAGAAAUCACCGAAGAGGGAACAGGCGAGUAACGUGAAAGACGUGUAUUUGAGAGUUGCUUUCACGUCACUCGUGACUUUAUUGACCAAUCACAACUCCAAUAGAAAAUUAGUUCGCAUUUCUGUCUUGAUUGAAAGGUUCUUCAAUAAUAAAAGUGUAGGAUCGGAUCAACUAUUUAAUCUUCGCUAAAUUUAAUCAGCUAAAAUGUGAUAUUUUUCUAGUAUUUAUUCAUCAUAUAUACUUUAAAGUCUGCUUUAUUUUUAGCCAUUUUCACAAGUCAAAUGAUUUCCAUUAAUAUCAGUAAUAACAGGUUAACAGCCUGAUUUAUGAUUUACAAAUUUCAGCUUUUCUGCUAAACAGCUGCUUUUAGACUUUCAUCGUCCACAACUUCUGAUUAAACCGAUUAAAUCGGUCUUCCUGAUGCUCACUGACACACCGUGGAUGUGAUGUGGAGAUUUUAGAGGAGAUGAACGUCAGAGUUUCCCUUUAAUAACCGGAGCAAUGCCUGUGUUUGUUAAAAACAACCUCGGCUGUCGUUCACAAUAAAACUGAAAGAAAAAAGAGCUCGGGCUGCGGACGUACGGUGACAUGCUGAAGCGUUUAAAGCCGGGACACUUGCAUGCAAAAUGAAAAUAAUAUACACAGAACCGCAGUAAAGGAAAAUACGGACUGUUCUACUAUUCGUUUUUUUAAUUCGUCUUAUUUCCCUCCGACAUCCGGAAGGUCUCGAGUUGAGUCGGAUUUUCACUGUGAGGGUCAGAAGAAAACUUUUUUUUUUUGCUUAUGGUUCUCUACUGUAAAUUAUUUAAUAUGAGACUGAUAUAAUUUUUAUCAUUUUUGCUGGCUUUUUUUUUCUAUUUGCACUUGAACCGAGGGAACUGAUGGAGAAAACUAAGUGACUCGAGCUCUUCGGGCCUUUCUGUUCUCCCUCGCAACCGAUUUAAAAAUCUGACGAAGAAAUUUCAGUGAAAUUUCAACACUACGAGCUCGGACACUGUUUCUUUUGGUGUGUGUGUGUGUUUUUGUUUUUUUUUAUGUUUCUUUUCAUAUUCACAAAGCAGAAUCUAUAGCAAACCUACAGCAGCAGCCGCAGCAGUGCGCUCCUCCUCUUCAGCGUGUGUGUGUGUGUGUGUGUGUGUGUGUGUUUGUGUGUGUGUGUGUGUGUGUGUGUGUGUACAUGAUGCUCACUUUCCUGCAGAGUGUUUGAUUUUGCAGCACGUUUCUCCUGAAACAGUGUGUGAGAUGACUGCACACUCUCUGGAUUUUUCCCAGGACACAGGAAUGAAGAAAUCAUGAAGUAGUUUUUUUUUUCAUCAGUAAGAAGGGGAGGAGUUUGUUACGUCGUUGUAGUUCGAAAGCCAGAAUCUAGUUUUCUCACAGUCAGAAUCUUCAGGUUUGUUAUAUUUGCCUUUUGAGGAAUAUUUUGGCCAGAAAUCAGAUGCACACAGAAUGUCCAGUUGAUCAGUCAGGGAUUUUCUCUUCUGGACUGGAGCUACGUGGCUAAUAACAAGUUAUGCAAAUCUUUUUCAUCCAAAAAAGAAAAUCAAAGCGAUGCCAAGAUCUUACAUUAAUUCCAGUUUUACUUCCGGUUUUAAUUCUAGUACAGAUUUCUAACUCUGCAUUAUAAUUUGUCGCUAGCCGGAUUGUUAGCAUUCUUAGCAUGCUACGUACUAAUCACGCUCUGCUACUUCUGGUGUAACUUUAGGACUCGAUGAGGCUCUUCGAAUCAAUGAUCAAUGAAUUUGAAUGAUUCUGUGAAUCCUGUGACUCUCCCUUAGCCUUUUGUACACAUCAGUUUAGAAAGAAAAAACAAAAGAAGUUAAAGAGAUAAAGAGAGAAUGUUUUCCAUGUAGGCCAGGCAUUAGACUUGCUUUUAACUCCUCGACGUUUAAACACGUUGGGUGUCACACAUAUAUAUAUAUCCUGUCUUAUUGCUUUGUGUACAUAAUAACAUCAACGUCUGGUGGUUAGAAAGUUUGGGAAACAACACAAGCAGGCUGGGUGACCGUGUUCGAGGGAAAUAAAGACCAGAGAAUCUCAAGACCAGAUUCAUUUAUCUUCAGAAACUGCUCACCUUCUUACCAUUUUAAUUAUAUGCAUUAUGUAAAACCAGAGAACGUGGUCAAACACUGCGUUUUGGCUCUGCACCGCCCCCUAGUGUUGUGUUUUUACCUCUUAAAUGAACACUGGAGAGAACGUGAACAGCGACAUUAAAAAAAACUAUGAAGUCAUGAACAAUUGGGACAAAUCAUCACUGAAUCCAGAGAUAAAUCCCCACAGUGUUAAUGGAUGAUUUAUGAAUCAUCGCUAUAUUUAAGUGACUCAUUUGGCUCUCAAUGAACUCACUGACUGGUAAUGAACCGUUUUUAGAGUCCAUUCUUUUGGAUGACUCGUGAAUCAUCUCUAUGUAACGCGAAUUCUUGAUCUUUUAAAUGAGUUAGAUAAAUGAUUCAGAUCACUAAAAAGAAGUCGACUCUUUUAGCUUCCAAACAGAUGUCGUGUCCCACUAUAUAGUGUCCUAAACCACAACCUGUAGGACACUGAAGGAUGUGGGUUCGAGAUGGAUAUUUAUGCAAAAUAUCAGCCAUGUAGCUCCAGAUAUCAGAAGCUUCAGAGAUCAGGAUUCCUUUGAUGAUCAGCUACAUUUGGGGUAAAAACAUAACGAGUCAAUUUCCUCAAAUUGAAUUAGUCGUCUCAUUGUCUGUCUGUUUUUCUGUUGUAAACUCAAAAGCAAGUUCCGUGUUUCUAAUGAAUGCAUCGUGACUCCUAAUGCUGUAGAUAACGAUCUGUAUAGGACGAGUAUUAGUGCCUUAAUGAGAAUAUCAGCAUGACAGACAGAAAAACGUCUUAAGUGGAGACGAGAUGAUUUCGGAGAUAAAAUUCCUGCUGAAUUUGACUGUUUUUCUUUUAUGUUGUUUUUUUUUAAACUGUAGCUACUUAAACAUCCCUGAGGAUUCUGACAGUAGGUUCGCAUCUCUGGUGCACGUUUGGGGCAUCGAUGAUUCUAACAAUAGCUUUAUGUACAGUUCAGGCCUCCAGUUUGAGAGGUGAAACUCCGUGACCCUUCAUUUAGUAUGUGUGAAAUUUUCAACCCGCUAACGAACUCGUGUAAAACGACGUUCUGUAAAACCCAUCAGAUCCGUCGCUCUUAUAGGAACCGUAUUUAAUCCUGCCAUCCUUUUGGUUUAUCUCUUUUUAUCAGUCACGUCAUGACCCGUAAACCAUUCUGUUUGUUUUCUUAUUAUUUCUCAAAUCUGCACCUACUUGCAAGUUCCUAAAAUGUAUCUUUCGUUUAUUUUUCUAACACAUAUUAGGCUUUAAAUGUCUGUAAACCGUUGCACUAGAUGCUGAGAUAAACUCAGAAGAAUGUUGAUCGCUAGACCUAGCGGUGGGAAAGCGCUGAUUGUGGUAGCGUAACGCUGUCCGCUGUGGAGCGACAGGAUAAUUUAUAUGUCUGUGUGUAUUUUUUUUUUUUUUACAUUGUAGAUGCUACUUCCAUCAUUAAGACUUUAAGUCUCUAAAUUUUGGCACUAACGGCUGAUUGCUUUUGCACAAACUGCAAAAGAAAGGUUGGCUUUUUUCCCUGAGAAGUGUGAGACAUGUCCACAGGACAAACGAUGAGUUUUAAAACAUGAUUACGUGACCAUUUGGAGUUUUUCUGUAUUUGUAUCCCACUGUCUGUUUAUUAAUCAUCUAGUGAACUUUACUAUUGAGAAUUCAUUCAGACUAAUUUGACUCACUUAUAAUAAGAGUCGGUUCUUUUGGCUCUCGAACUGGCAAGGAACCAACUGUUAUAGAUGAACUCGGGAAUCGACUCUUAUAAGCGAUUCAUAAAUCGUUUGUGUACCAAAAAAAAAUCUGAUUCUUUCAAAAAUUGGGAGAUCAAAAAGAGUUGACUCUUACAUUACUGAAUCAUGAAUCAGGUGUGUGCUUUAGAGCUGAGAAUUCCUGCCCUCUCAGUCAGUCGGAUCAUUUAACUCAUUUGGCUCGUUGAUAUGUUCGGUAGUUUUUCUUUUUUAAUAAAUGAUGUCAGGUGAUGCAGGUCACCUGUUUUCAUUCUAUUUUUAACCACGGCCGAAGAAGACGCACAUGCACUGUUUGGACAGACAAAUUCAUUCGAAUGAGUCUAGCUCUGAUGUUGAACAGAACUUUUCCACACAUUAAUUUAAUUACACAGAGGAGGUGUUAGCAUUGACUAGAAAAAACUAGAAUUAAAUAAGUCUCACAUUGAGUUUUACAAUCGGAUCUCAAACAGUUCUGCCUUUGUUUUAGUCGUUUAUUGUGUUGGAACAAUGAUUCGUGAAUCGUUUCUAUGGUUCAUGAGUCAUAACUCUGUUCAGUGUUGAAUAAAGCAGGCAUUUCUUAAGAAAAAUGUAUUUUUAAAUCAAUUGUUUUCAAAAUAAAUAAAUAAAAGACUCAGACAUUUUGCACCACCUUGGGCUGUAAAACAUACGCACACGUGGACCAUAUAUUUAAGGAAAAAAAAAUAUUCUCGAUCUGUUUGUUGGUCUGAAUUAUGAUGAUAUCGAAUAUAUUAGUUUUAUGAGAUAAAGAAAAUCUGCAAUAGUUCGAUAACAAUAAUGUCGAGAAGCUUCCGGAACUUAAAAUCUGUUUAAAUGUGCUGAGAUUUUUUACAACAGGAUUGUUUAAUAGUAAAACUGGGAUCUUUUCAUAGUCAAGCAAUAUUCCAAUAAUUAGUCGGUUUUGUGAAACCCAUGAUUAAAAAUCAGUUUCAGUUCGUUCAUGACCUUUGACCCUCGUCCCAGUAUGAGAACCGAAUUGUGCGUUUGUGUGAGUCCGUGUUCUUAGUAUAAAUAAUUAAUGCCAGCACUUUAUCAUUUGUUAUGAAAGUUGGGGAACGU